AUGAUUAUUGCUGCUCUGCAUUUCUUUGAGUCUUCUACCAACACUUUUCACUUCGAAUGUGGUAUGAUGACUCCCACUUUACUUGAUGUUGCUGCUAUUACUGGGCUAUCACCCCUUGGGGAUACUUAUGAUCCCUCGAAAGCUUCUGACACCAUCAAAUUUGACUUUCGAAACAAGUCUUACUCCAAGUACAUCCUUGAGAAUCGAAGGACUGAUAAUGAGGUAGGUGCUGAAGAACAUGUUGCUUUUUUAACCCUCUGGCUAUCUCAGUAUGUUUUCUGCACUCAAUCUCUUCAAGUGGCCAAAAUGUUUAUCCCUAUGGCCAUUCAACUACAUGAAUGUCAUCAAUUCAAUUUUGCUCGACUUAUUCUAGGAUGUCUUUACGAGUCCAUGAGGGAUGCUUGUGAGCAUCUUAAGAAGACAGGUGAUGGAUCCACCUUCUUAGGAGCUGGCCCUUUCUGGUUGUUACAAUUAUGGCUGAAUGCCACGUUCCCUGCAGAACUUGACCUUUUCUUGCCUGAACCAUAUUAUGCUGAAUCGCGCGCGCGCCAAGUCGAAGGCACAAGGCUGGCAAGACUGGUUCCUAGGGAAAGAGGCCUUGCUUAUGAUGUGGCCUUCCAGCAAUACUUUAAUGCUUUUCUCGACUUGAAGAAAUUCAAGCCCAGCUUUGCUCCCUUUGUGGAUAGGCCACCUGGCCCUCCUUGGUUUACUCAUCAUUUUCCUUCUCCACCAGAUUUCGAAGAGGUGGUUAACAAUAUUUGGAGUGCCUAUCUGAUGCCCACAAUUUUAUCUUGUCGAACUGGGUUGACCUCUGGGGAUUUUGGGCUAGUCGGCUACUUCCCAAACUUGGUAUCUCGUCAAUUUGGAUUAACCCAAAUACUCCCAAAGAGCAUAUACUUGGAGGAAGGGGAAAUUUGCUUAGGAAAAUAUGGCAUGACGGAGCCACAAUUCCGUUCAUUUUUAAACCACUUCAGCAAACCUUCCUAUGAGCUUACUCCAUUCGAUUUUGCUCCUUCCCAUGCCUGCACCAGGGAAUUCUUCACAUGGUGGUCUCGACACUACGAGGGACGCCUGGUCAAUAGGGCUGCCUUGCUUACUGCUAUUUCUGAUGGGUUUGACUCAUCUAUUUUAAACAAGAUCAAGUCAAAGUUGAACACCAGAGGGAGUAAGUCGAAAGCAGGUUCUAGCAACUCUAACAAACCUCUUCCUCCACCACCAAAAGUUGAGCUAAAGGUUACUUCACGUAAAAGAUCACAUUCAAGUGAGGUUCCUUCCUCUUCGAAGAAGCAAAAACCCGCUCAAGCUGCUCAUUCGAAUGCUGCAGAUGAGGGCACACAUGUUCUCUCGGCUAUUCCUGAGCAAGCAAACAUUGCCACAACACAAGAUCCUCCCCACAAUGAUGAACCCACCAAAGAGAAGAAGAAAAAGAAGAAAAAGAAGGAUCAUCAGUCUAGCCAGAUGGCCACUCCUGAAAAUCUAUCUCCUGAGGUUGAGGCACAAACAGAUACUCUUCUGCCUCCUGAAAAUCCUCCUCCAUCACAAACAGACAAGAAGAAGAAAAAGAAGAAGAAACACAGAGAGUCUCCCAUUUCGACUACUGCUGUCGAGACUCCUGCUGCCACAACAGAAGCGCCUCAAGCAUUUGAAGCUGCUUUUGAUAGUCAAGACCAACCACAAGAUCCUCCUCAAGAUGUUCCUCAAGGUAAUCUUUCUCCCAGCCAAGUGGCUAAAGAGGUGAUCGAAGAACCAAUUGCUGCGCAGCAUGAAACUGUGCUAGAAAUGACCCCAUCUCCUCAGCCUGUUGCAACUGUUAUUCCUAGCAAGUCACCAUCACCCAAGCCUGUUGGCCUACCACAUUCUGGCACAAAGGACCACACUCCUGAGCCUAACACUAAAGAAGCUAACAUUGAUCAAAGGCCAUCAUCCGAGAAUCCUUCGUCAAACCCAGCUCAAAUGUUAAACGCCAAUGAGCCUCCAUCUAUUGCUCAAGUUGAUCAUGCUGCCAACCUUUCCACUGAGCAGAGACCACCAUUCGAUGGUGAGCAUUCUACUACCAAUCAACCCCAACCAAGUGGGCCAAGCCAUGGUUCUGGUUCGAUGAAUGCUGGUACCUUCGACUCUGAUGAUAGCGACUCCCACACUGGAGAUUCGUUUGAUGAGGAAGGUCCCUCUGUUUCGAAACCACCUCCUACUGUUGUCCUGCCAGCUGAACUUGUUAAAGAACUGAAGGAUUUAACUCCAGCAGACGCACUCAAUAAACUUCUUUCAAGCCAUGGUGCCCCUAGUUCUGCUGCUAUAGACAAGGAGGAUUCGCUCGAGCAAGAACAAUUUGGGCAUGAAAUCAGGUUUAGGCGAGAAAUUCUUCAUGGGGAUAUGUUGGGAUUACUCGAACGCGACUCUUCCAUAUAUUACAACAUUAAAGCCCUUUUUCACAAACUUCAGAACCCAAUGACUGACGAAGCGAUGUUCCUCUUGGUUACUCAAGCUGAAGCCUAUUUAGAACAAUUUGUUAUCCAGACUCAACUCUUGGCCAGAACCAAUGAACUUCUCACAUCUCAACUUUCUGCACAACAGCACCAUUUCGAACAGGCUUCGAAUUGUAAUGCAGAAGUUACGAGGCUUAAAGCUGCCUCUGAGGCUCUCGAUCAACUGGUAACCUGUGAGAACAACAUUGCCCAAUGGCAAUAUGAGAUUGAAGCGUUGCAAGAGAAAAUUCGACAAGAGGGGGUCAAAAUGGAGAAGCUUGUUGCAGUAGCUGUCGAUGCGCAAGGAGCUAAGGUCGACGAGCUAGCACAUGAGGGACUCCAGCACUACAGUGAUGGCCUGGCAGUUCAGAAACGGGUUGAGCGCCUUACCAACGAGAAAGAGAUGCUGCAACGUAAGUUGGUUUCCAUUCGAAACCAAUAUUAUCAAUUUCAAGCCGCUAAUCGAAGGCCCCCUUCGCCACCACAGCAACAACCUUAG